AUGUUUCCAAACGAGCACUUAAAAUCCCAAGACUCGGUUGUGAGAUGGUGGCUCUCGAACUAUGUGGAUCCUUACUUGAAUGAGGUAGACAUCAAUUACAUUGUUGUUGGCGAUAAAGCUAUCCAGGACAACAUCGCGGAUGUCCUGCGGGUCAUGAAAGCCGUUCGACGAGUGCUGGACAAGAAGUUUUUAGGGCGUGUCAAGGUGACCACAUUAUUUGAUUACGAUAAGACCAUGAAUACUCCUUAUCCACCUUCAAGGGCGACCUUCAUACAAAAAGCCAACAACGACAUUUCGGACAUUCUCCGGUUUUUGAGAAACCAAGGAGCACCUCUCAUGGUCAGUGUGUAUCCUUACUUGGGAUAUGUACACAACAGUCUUUCGAUGCACUUGGAUUUUGCGCUGUUUAAAUCGAAAAAACCAGUUCUUACGGACACGUUCAACGUGAAAUAUUACAACUUGUUGGAUGCCAUGGUGGAUGCAUUUUACCGUGCAAUGGAGCGGGUGGGGGUGUCCGAAGUUCCUAUAGUGAUCGGUGAGAUCGGAUGGCCAACUGCGGGAGGAGAACACAACGUCACAACCACGCAGAACGCGGCUAUCUUUAACCAGAACUUGCUCAAGCAUUUGGGAGUUAGAAAAGGGACGCCAAAAAAACCUCAGUUCGCCAUUGAAGCAUACAUUAGGUCCUUGUACGAUGAGAAGGAUAAAUCCAUCCACCGAUCCUACCAAUCCUUUGGAAUCUUUGAAACCAAUGGAAAUCCCAAAUACCCUUUGUUUAAAAAAUCUAGCAACUAG